AUGAAAAUUCUUUCUGAUUCUGAAAUAGGAAAUGGUGAAGACUUCAUCAGGGAAGUUGGAACUAUGGCCAAAAUCCAUCAUGUCAACAUUAUUCGCUUAGUCGGCUUCUGUGCUGAUGGCUUUAGAAGAGCGCUUGUUUAUGAGUACUUACCAAAUGAUUCAUUACAAAAUUUCAUAAAUUCACUUGGCCAAAGGAAAAACUUUCCUGGUUGGAAAAAGUUACAGGAAAUUGGUUUAGGCAUAGCCAAAGGAAUUGAGUAUCUUCAUCAUGGUUGUGAGAAGCGCAUGCUUCAUUUUGACAUAAAACCUCAAAAUGUUUUAUUAGAUAGUGAUUUCACUCCAAAAAUAUCUGAUUUUGGGCUAGCCAAAUUAUGUUCUAAAAAUCAAAGUAUAGUGUCAAUAACUAAUGCCAGAGGUACUUUUGGUCAUAUAGCUCCUAAAGUAUUCUCUCAAAACUUUGGAAAUGUGUCUCACAAAGCGAAUGUUUAUAGUUUUGGGAUGCUUCUACUUGAAGUGAUAGCGGGGAGAAUGAUCACCAAUGAUGCAGAAGAAAAUGCAGCCCACAUCUAA